UUAAUUUUUUGCUACUUAUUAGCCUCAGAAUUUUCUUGUUUUCUUAGGACCCAGAGAUUUAAAACAAAAAUGAACCUGUUUAAUGAAUAAACCGAAAUGCUCAAAAACACGUAACGUUGGUUCAUAGUCUUUUUUUAUUAUCUAAGUCUUACACUUCAUGUAACUGUUACUGGUUACCAAAUUCAAGUACAAAUUUAGUUGUUUUUGUCUUUAAAUGUUCCAAGGUUUGAUUAUGAGGUAGAUUCCAUAAAAUAUGUACCCGAUGUUUUGGUACAGCCAUCAAAUUUUAACCUACCCGUUUUGUAAAUAAUAGUUAAUAUAAAAAAGUUAAUAUAUAACUCAAGUCUGCUCAUUUCGUAACCUAGGUAUUUUUAUAGGUAUUAUCUUUAUUGAUGUCCUCGUGAGCAAAGUUACAAUACAACUUGAACAAAUCUGAUGCAAUUUUAAAACGUUAAUGUAAUAAAAUGAAUUAUGACUUCAGAAUAAAAUUCACAUUAUAUAGUAAAGCCAUAACUGUGGAAUAUGAUUUUAUUUUUAGUAAUUUUUACUAUGUUGUGCCAAUAUUGUGAGCAAGGUCUUCGAAUUCUUGGUGGAAGAGACGCUUUUAAAGACGAAUUCCCUUAUGUUGUUCGCUUAGAGGAAAAACUAUUACAAUCAGCAACGGAAGAUAAAAUUAUUCACUUUAGACAAAUAUGCACGGGCUCAGCUCUUACUUCUGUUUGGGUUCUGUCAGCAGCUCACUGCACAGACCAGGAUUUCAAGCGUUCAUUGAGAAAAAACAAAGCAUUCGUAAGAUAUAAUAGCCACUUUCCAAACAUCACUGGAUUUGUAACUCCUGUCACUAAAUAUAUCAUGCAACCUGGAUAUAUUGAAUUGAGAGGAACAGUUAAAACGGCGGACGUCGUUCUUAUUCAUUGCGUUAAGAUAAAAAUUUCCCACUUCGGUCGAGUUAAUGCAGUAGAUUUUAAGUCUCUAAUGGGUCAUGAAGCUCUUUCUCUAGGCUUUGGUUCAACAAACGCAUCUUCAUUUGAAAAACCAUUGCAGGUAUUAAAAGGAAUGUUAAGUAAAUGUACUGACAAAGAGCUUGUUGACAUGGGCUAUCCUAUAAUCUGCCUGUCUAGGCCAUGUGUUUUGACGGCGACAAUCUGUGGUGGAGACUCAGGAGGACCUGUUGUUCACGAAUCAGGCAUUGUGGGCGUACAUUCCAGUUCAUUUGAUGAUUGUGAUGAACAUACUGAACAUUUGGAGCUUACUCCCGGAUCCUCUGCAGCUAUUAUAACACCAGUUAGUCCAGUGAUAGAUUGGAUUACAAAUAUUAUUAUGUCAAAGAAUGAAGACGACAGUUAAAAAAUAUAUAGGUUUGCUAAAUUUUACAGUAAAGGUCGAUAUAGAGAAAAUCACUCUUUUGAGGAGACGUUUAUAGUUUAUGUAAUAAAAAACAGGAACACAUUU